AUUCUCAUCUCAAUUUUGAAUCAGUGCUAUCUGUCAACACCAAUAAGUAAUAGCUCUCCACGACCUCAAACAAUGCAUAAUCAAUCUAGCAUUCGUUUUGUUUUUACGCGCUGAAAGCAAGCUGCCAUUCGUUGACAAGAUGCACAACUCUCUUCUUCUGGCAUAGCAGCUGGGCAGCGCCCAUUAUAACUAGUCCUCGUGUGACUUGGGUUCUCCACCAUUCCAACCUCCAGCAACCAUGAAGCUCAUUCUCGCGCUCUCCAUUCUCUUCCUCUCCUGCAUCCAUGGCGUGAGCUCCGACUCACGCUUCUUCACCGCCAUGUAUUCCCUCGGGGACUCCUACAUCGACGCGGGCAACUUUCUGAUCAUGGCCGCUGCGAUGGUGCCGGCUGUGCCCGUCGUGCAUGACAAGCUUCCUUACGGGAUGACCUUCUUUGGCCACCCCACAGGCCGCCUCAGCGACGGCAGAAACACCAUCGAUUUCAUCGCCCAGGAGUUUGGUCUCCCCCUUCUUGGACCCUCCCUGCUGAAUGACUCGGACGCCUCCAAAGGCGUAAACUUCGCUGUCGGCGGCGCACCGGCGAUCGACGUCGACUACUUCGAGAAGAACAACAUAGUUCAGUUUAAGCUUCUGAACAAUUCUCUGAGCGUGCAGCUGGGUUGGUUCGAGCAACUCAGGCCAGCGAUUUGCAACAAGACCGAGACCUCAGGGUGCGAAGGUUGCUUCAGUAAGUCUCUCUUCUUCGUUGGGGAGUUUGGAGUGAACGAUUACAACUUCCUAUGGUUUGCCGGCAAGACUGAGGACGAAGUGAUGUCGCAUGUACCUACAGUUGUCCAAAACAUUGCCACGGCCGUGGAGGGGCUCAUCAAAGGAGGCGCGGUCUACGUGGUGGUGCCGGGGAACCCACCGCUGGGGUGCUCACCCACCAUGCUGACGAGCCGCUCCGGCCCCAACACGACGGAGUACGACCCCAUGGGCUGCCUCAUCGACGUCAACCGCGUGGCCACGGUCCACAACUCCCGGCUCCGCGCCGCAGUCGUCUCUCUCAGGGGCAGGUACCCCCGUGCCACCAUCAUCUUGGCCGACUUCUACAGCCCCAUCAUCAAGAUCCUCCGCAACCCCAGCCAUUACGGGGUGACCGAGGCGGACGCUCUCCGGGCUUGCUGCGGAGCCGGCGGCACGUACAACUGGAACGGCAGCGCCAUCUGCGGCAUGCCGGGGGCGACCGCAUGCAUUAACCCGUCGGCGUUCGUCAACUGGGAUGGAGUUCACUACACGGAGGCCACCAACGGGUACAUCGCCGACUGGUGGCUCCGCGGCCCUUUCGCCGACCCGCCUAUAAUGAGUGUUGUGCGCUACUAAAGUGGAGGAGAAACUUGAAAACCAUUACAGGCGAGGCGACACGUGAAUGCCUUAGUUUUUUUUUUUGAGGGAUACGUGAACGCCUUAGCUAGUAUCGCGGAUGAAAGUAAAUGUUGAUGUCAACACUAUGCUCAUAUUAUUUGGAUUGAAACGAGGUGCUGGGGCAUCGAAACAGGGCCGAAGCAAACUUGCUAGUGAUUUUUUUUUUUCUUGCGGGUAUCUUGCUAGUGAUUUUCAGCAGGCAAUAACUACUUUUCCAAAUCUACUCCAGUUCAAAAUAAGAAAUAAUCUUCUAUAUGUACUAGUGAUUCAAAAAUAAGAGACGACUUAGGAUAAAACCAGAAUUUCGAAUAAUUUCGAACAGAAGAGUAGCUAUACUAAAUGUUUACUUUCACAAAAGAAGCCGCUAGUACAUAUUUAUUACUUCCUCCAACCCAUAUUAAUUGUCGUGUUGUCACGGCUUUAAUACAACUUUAGUACUAUAAAGUUGUAUGUACUAAAACUGUGACAAUUAAUAUGGAUAUGAAGGAAUAGCAAAUUCUAUUGAGACUCCGGUUAAAUAAUAAAUAUUCAUCCUCCCUCAUGACCUCUAAAUCUUUUGACAUGCACAACAAAGAUUUAUUCGAACGAUGUUAUAGGAUGUUCAGGCUAAAUGACUUGCAAAAGACAUUUUUUUUGGGCGUGUGGUGGCUAACAUCGGGAUAUAUAGUAAAUACAAGUAAAACAUAAUGUACAUGUUUUCCAGUUAUUACUGAGCCCAAGUCGCAAAAACAUUUGUCAUACACUAGAAGUAACUAUAUAUAUGCUUACCUAGUGAUACACUAUACACUAUUAUUAAGUUAUUUGUUAGUGUGUAUGAUGUUGGAAAUCUCUAACAUAAUAUUUAAUGAUAGUAGAAAAAAAUAUGAACACACACAUACAUUUUAAAACAUGUAAUUUAUGAAGAAUGUACAAUUUAAAUUUAAGAGAAAGAAUUUUUUGAUUGACAUACAUGACGAUUUUGGAGCAAU